AUGAAGAGCAGGCUGUCUCUGGCGGCGGCGGCCCUUCUCGCAGCGCUGCUGUCCUCUCAGGCCCAGACAACAGAUGCCCAGUGUAAAACCACAGCCAAGGCCGACAUCGUGCUGCUGGUGGACGGCUCGUGGAGCAUUGGCCGUCUGAACUUCAAAACCAUCCGGGCCUUCAUUGCCCGCAUAGUCGGCGUCUUCGAAAUCGGCCCUGACAGAGUCCAGAUCGGUCUGGCUCAGUACAGCGGAGACCCCAAAACCGAGUGGCACCUCAACGCCCAUUCGACUCGGGAUUCCCUGCUGGAGGCCGUCGUCAACCUGCCGUACAAAGGAGGAAACACCAUGACAGGAAUGGCUCUGAAUUACAUCCUCCAGAACAACUUCAAAGCCAACGUGGGAAUGCGUCCAGACUCUCACAAAAUCGGUGUCCUCAUCACCGAUGGAAGGUCCCAGGACGAGAUUGUCCUCAGCUCCCAGAGGCUGAGAGACCAGGGCAUCGAGCUCUACGCCAUCGGUGUGAAGAGCGCUGACGAGAAUGAGCUGAGGACCAUCGCCACCGACCCCGACGAAAUUCACAUGUACAACGUCAACGACUUCACCGUCCUCCUGGACAUCGUCGAUGACCUCACCAUCAACCUCUGCAACAGUGUCAAGGGCCCAGGUGGCGAACUGGAGGCGCCCACUGACCUGGUGACCUCGGAGGUGAGACGCCGCUCCUUCCGCAUCACCUGGACAGCACCCGACGGUCCCGUGGACAAGUUCCGCGUCACGUACAUGAUAGCAGCCGGAGGACCCACCCGGCAGGUGCUGGUGGACAGGGCGGUGAACACCGUGGUGCUGGACAACCUGAAGCCUCUGACGGAGUACGUGGUCAACGUGUUCGCUUUGGUUGGCGAGGACAGCAGCCCGCCACUGACGGGCACCGAGAUCACGUCUGAGCGCCAGCUCCUCCGCAGGGGUGAGGUCCUCAGCUGGAGGACCCCCACCAGUAGCAAUUGCCUCCAUUCUUUUUCUGGUGGCUACAAUGUGCCGCUGGCAGGAACGAGGAACAUGAAGGUUUACGACAAGACCAUGAGCACCAUGAGGGUGAGGUGGGAGCCGGUGGGGGGCGCCUCGGGCUACCUGAUGCUGUACAAGCCCAUCAACGCCUCACAGCCGCAGCCGGAGAAGAAGAUGCGAGUUGGCGCGGAUGUGAGUGACGUACAGCUGCUGCAGCUGAUACCCAACACGGCGUACUCCAUCACCCUGUACGCUCUGCACGGCGAGGACACCAGCGCCCCUCUGGAGGGGACGGGAGUCACCUUGCCCGUCCGUCCAGCUGGAGGCCUGAGAAUCUCCGACGUGACCCACAGCACCAUGAAGCUCAACUGGGAGCCUGCGCCCGGGAACGUCCUCAAAUACAUCAUCGGCUACACUCCAGAGGACAGGUACGGAAAACAGGUUGAGGUGAACGGCGACGUCACCAGCCUCACCUUGUCCAGACUCAUCUCCGAGACCGAGUACGAUGUGACCGUCACCCCCGUCUAUGCCAAGACCGCAAUGGCUGGAAAGGCAUUCACAGAUGUUGUUCCUGCCCCCAAGAACCUGCACUUCUCCGAGGUGACCCAGACCUCCUUCAGAGCCAUGUGGGAGCGAGGCGCCCGGGAUGUUGCCCUCUACCGCAUCGGCUGGACCAAAAACGGCGAGCAAAACUUCCAAUAUGCGAUGCUGAACAAUGACGAAACCACCCUUGUUCUGGAGAACUUGGAGCCUGACACCCUGUAUGAUGUCACUGUGACGGCCUUCUACCCGGACGAGUCCAAGAGUGAAGACUUGAUCGGAAGCCAGCACACAUUGCUAAAGAAUGGACCCAGUAUGUCAUUUGAGAAGAAGGGCAUUUUCAUUGUUUUGUCCAUGAUUUUGGCGGGAAUGAGGUUCAGUCACCGAGCGGCUGAUCACCCCGCCGCCUCUUCUGAUGACACGGACCGGAGUUUGGCCUCAAACACAGGAGGAUUCAGAGAGCCGCUGCAGAACGAGCGUUAUUCAACUGCAAACAUCACGAGAUGGGGAGCGGUGACGUAA